GGAGAAGAGAGAGGGAAGGAAUGAGGUGUGCCUUCUGUGUUACAUGUCUCCACCUUGUCUUGUGCAGGAAGGGCUGACGGAGCUCAACAGCACAGCCAUCAAGCCACAGGUGCAGCCUUGGAUCAACAGCUUUUUCUCCGUCUCCCACAACAUCGAGGAGGAAGAAUUCAAUGACUAUGAAGCCAAUGACCCUUGGGUACAACAGUUCAUCCUUAACCUGGAGCAGCAAAUGGCGGAGUUCAAGGCCAGCCUGUCCCCGGUCAUCUAUGACAGCCUAACCGGCCUCAUGACCAGCCUUGUUGCCGUCGAGUUGGAGAAAGUGGUGCUGAAAUCCACCUUUAACCGGCUGGGCGGUCUGCAGUUUGACAAGGAGCUGAGGUCACUCAUUGCCUACCUUACCACGGUGACCACCUGGACCAUCCGAGACAAGUUUGCCCGGCUCUCCCAGAUGGCCACCAUCCUCAAUCUGGAGCGGGUGACCGAGAUCCUCGAUUACUGGGGACCCAACUCAGGCCCAUUGACGUGGCGCCUCACUCCUGCUGAAGUGCGCCAGGUGCUGGCCCUGCGCAUAGACUUCCGCAGUGAAGAUAUCAAGAGGCUGCGCCUGUAGCUGCCUGGAUGAACACACCUGGCUCAUCACACUGCCAGGCCUGUUCCCUAAGGGGCCCCAGCCCAGCCAAGGAGCUGAGCGAGACUGUCUGACUUGGGGGAGAUCUGACAGCCCAGACCUUUCUACAGCUGGCAGCAGAGAAACAAGGUCUGGACCCACUCCAUGCUCUGCCCUCAGGCCUGGCCAGGUGAUGCUCUGGGAGCAGCGUCUCCCCCAAGAGAAGCGGGCUCCUAACGCGGUGGGAAAGCCAUGGCAGGCAGCGGGCAGCCCAGGCCAGCUUCUGCGUGGAUGGUCAGUCUCUUGCCCUCAAACACUACAGCAAACAAGCUACCCCUGCCAGCCCUAGACAACUUGGGUACAUCUGGGGACCUAGCCGUUAGGCUUGACUUCGAGGAAAGGCUGUGAUGUGUAUGAUCCCUGAAUAAAGCUACCCCUUGGAGAGA